UGCCGGGUACCUCACAUAUGAUUAUAAUACAAUAUUGAGUAGGAGAUUGAAGUGUGCUAUUUGGUCACGUCUCGUAAUAUAUAUAAAGGCAGAAACACAUUCUCCUCCACCUCAACUCAAAUGAUUUUAGCUUUACUCUUAAUACAAACAAAAAAAACCUACACAAAGUCAGAAAUCAACAGAACAACCAUGGAGGUUUAUGAAGAUGAAGAUAUAGUGAUUGUUGGUGCUGGGUUAGCUGGUCUCACUACUGCCUUGUCUCUUCACAGAUUGGGUUUGAAGAGCUUGGUGUUGGAGUCAUCAGAGAGCUUGCGAAUUACCGGAUUCGCCCUUACACUAUGGACCAAUGCUUGGAAGGCACUCGAUGCGGUUGGAAUCGGGGAUUCCCUAAGACAAAAGUCUACCCAAAUGAAAGGAUUCAAGAUCGCAUCUCCUGAUACUGGACUUUUUACUUCACAACAAGCUCUCGACAAAGAUGGAAAAUUCAAAGGUUAUGAAAGCCGAUGUGUUAAGCGAAAGGAUUUAAUGGAGACAUUAGUCAAGGAGCUUCCACCAGGCACCAUUAGAUACUCUUCCAAGGUCGUCACCAUUGAUGAACACGAUCGCUUCAAGCUCGUGCACUUAGCCGAUGGCACCAUUCUCAAAACCAAAGUCUUGAUUGGAUGCGAUGGAGUUAACUCAGUGGUGGCAAAAUGGUUGGGUCUCGGGUCACCCGUGAGUGUCGGGAGGUCAGCUAUUCGGGGCUUGGUUGAGUUCCCAAAUGGGUCGGGUUUUGACCCAAUGUUUCAUGUCAACUUUGGAGGUGGUGUACGCUAUGGUUUUCUUCCCGUUGAUGACAAGACUGUCUACUGGUUUUGCACCUUCACCCCAUCUCAAGUUCCAUCUUAUGAAGAAGAUUGGUAUGAAAACCCUAUAAAAAUGAAGCAAUUUGUAUUGAGUCAGAUAAACAAGAUGCCUCAAGAAGCACAAGAUGUGGUGGAAAGAACAUUGAUAACUAGCAUAUCUUUGUCGCCAUUAAAGUUCAGAUUACCAUGGAAUGUUUUAUUUGGAGACAUAGUGAAAGACAAUGUUUGUGUAGCUGGGGAUGCCCUUCAUCCAAUGACUCCUGAUAUAGGUCAAGGUGGGUGUUCAUCGUUAGAAGAUUCGGUAGUUCUUGGAAGGUGUAUUGGGGAGGCUCUUUUGAAAAAAGUUGAUGGAAAAGAUGAUGAGUUUGAGAGGAUUGAAAAGGGUUUGAAGAAAUAUGGAAAGGAAAGGAGGUGGAGAAGUUUUAGUUUGAUUAGUGUGGCUUAUUGUGUGGGGUUUAUGCAAGAGAGCAAGGGUAUGAUGAUGAGUUUCUUGAGGAAAGUGUGGUUUUCAAAAUAUACACCUAGUGCUUUUCUUAAGAUGGCUAAUUUUGAUUGUGGUGAUCUUGUAAUAUGA